GAUAAGUGACAGUAGUGUACAGAGAGAUUCCUGCGUGAUUUUGCCAUAACACAAAGUUUGAAAGUAAAGCUUAAAAAGGAGCGAUGGUUUACUUUAUUUAACUAUGUUAUUUCAAAGAUAUUCUCCUGAAGGUGGAAUGGAAGUCGUAAAAUCGCCCAGCGACUUUCACCUUGCGCGAACUUCGAGCAGCAUACAUGGAAUGGAGCACUCAAGCGGCGACUCAUCGGACACCAACAUAACAGCAUGUUCAUUUGAAGAGAAGGGACAUGGCAUGGAGCCCUUUGGAAGGGAUGGGAGUGGAGAAGACCCCGAACCGAGGAAACGGCGAAGACGGAGAACUCACUUCACUACCGAGCAGCUGCAAGAGCUGGAGCGAACGUUUAAACGACACCUUUACCCUGAUAUGGACAGGAGGGAGGAAAUCGCAUUGUCCACAAAUCUCACAGAGGCCAAGGUUCGGGUGUGGUUUAAAAAUCGCAGAGCUAAAUGGAGGAAGAAUGAGCGUAGCCAGGCAGUGGUGUGGAAGAGCAGCUGGCUGCCCCAGCUUGGCAGUCUGGCACAGCCCAAUGAGGACAUAUACCGGCCCUAUACACACAACAACUGGAGCGGCAAUAUGAGCCCACACCCAUCCCAAACCACGUUCCCCUUCCCCGCCUCCCUGUCCCUUAUGAGUCUACCCCCCAGCACGGGACACUCCGCUCUGCCUGCCAGGCCCAGCGUUCCCGCCACGGCCGUGUUGCAGUGGAGCAACCUCAGUCCAGCCGCGUCUUCUCCUGCUUCCCCGGACACCUCCUCCGUCCCGCUGUGCGGCGUUUACCAUGACGUAACGCGGAGCUUCAGCGCGGCGUUUACCGCGACACUCCGCUGAGACUCUACUGAUCUGUGUGCCUGUCAGUACACAAGCAGGCUUACUCAGGGCAUUCU